CCAUCUGCCUCUACCCCUCACAGUUCUCUUGUCAACACACUUUACUGACCUUAACAGAGGUUCUUUCUGCCCUCUUACCCACAAACACCAAGUUUGUUCUGCAGCACUGGCGUCAUCUUGAUCAAAGAGGAAACCAAAAAUGUCUGGCAUCAUCAAAGUGUUUCUGCUCCUGGCUGUUCUGAUCUGCAUCUCUAAAGCACAACUCAGAGAAUCAAAGCAGAGCUGCCUGUGUCGGAGCGUCAGGGAUUCCAUUAUGAAAAAUUCUCGACAAAGGGACAUCCAGAUCUACCCGGCAACCAUGUUCUGUAACAAAGUGGAGAUUGUUGUCACAACCAGCAAUGGCCGGCGUUACUGUCUGAACCCAGACAAGAAAGCGGUGCAAGACCUCGUGCUUGAUAUGAUAAAUAAAAAAAACCCUACAGUCAGACGAGCUCAGUCCACUUCCAGUCCCAGUUCCAACCCUGACAGCUCCAGCACGGCUCACAACUGAAUCUUCAGGCAUGGACAUCAACAUGUGACCUCCAACCCCAUAAAGUGAAUGUAGAUGUGAAAGGAAUGAAAGCUUUUGUCUAUUUAUCUUGCACUUUGUCUAUUUAUCUUGCACUUGCAUCACAUCUGUAUUUGAUGUAUGUAUUUGUUUUGUGACGUUUAGUUUGUUCUAUAGCCUUGGUUUUCUGUAUAAUUCAGGGUUGUUGUUUUCUUUUUAAAUAAAUCAAAUUCAAUGGA